AUGGCCGACUCUGGAGCCCCCGCCGGCGAGGCCCCCGCGCCCACCGAGCACCUGAACAUCAAGGUCACGGACAACAACAACGAGGUGUUCUUCAAGAUCAAGCGCUCAACACAACUGCGGAAGUUGAUGGACGCCUUCUGCGAGAGACAGGGCAGACAAGCUUCGACCGUGCGUUUCCUGUUCGACGGAACCCGCGUGCGUCCCGAAGAUACCCCCGAUACUCUCGAAAUGACCGACGGUGAUACUCUGGAGGUCCACCAGGAGCAAAUCGGUGGCUAG